UGUCAUUGUCAAUGCAUGACAAGUUCCAAUGUGGAUUCUCCAGUGGUGUUUGUGAUUUGUUAUUCUUCUGUGUUAAUAUUAUUUUGUGUUAGUAGGCCAAAAUAUUCAAACUUUAUACACAUUUUAAUUUCAUCUGUAAAUACGUUUAUUAGUGUAAAAAUGUUAAAUAUAAAAAAGUACGGUAGUAGUUCAGAAGAUGAAUCAGACAAUGAUGAAGAAACAAGCCAAAUACAUAGUAACGAAGCAUUGUUGACACAUUUAAAACCUGUUGCACCAGAUUUAUCAUUAGCUAAAAAGAUGCAGAUAUGUGCAGCCCCUGCUGUAGUCCCCACGACAAACGAAGACAGCAGAGUACUGAUACAUCACAAUCAAGAAUUGACUCAUAAUCCUAAAUUUGAGGAAUUAUAUGCACCAUCCUAUGGACCAGAAAAUCCAUUUCAAACUCAACAAAUGAAAGCGAAUAGGAAUAUACUCUCUGGUUACGUAGAAAAAGCUCAUAUAAGUGAAUUUCAGUUUGAAAAUCAGAGACGAACGUUUACUAGUUAUGGUUAUGCCAUUGAUCCAUCUACAGAACCUAUAGUAGAUGAAAAGGGAGAGUCCGUUGUUGUAUCGGAGAUGGUAGCUGCACCAGUUGAAGCAGAGGGUAAAACAGUUUUCGAGAACAUUAAAAAGAGGCCCUUAGAUAAGAAGAAGAGAAAUAAAAAUGACAAUCCGGAGGAUGUGAAUGGUUUUCUAGGACCAUGGGGAGGGUAUGAGGGUGAACGCAGAGUUAUGAAACCAGAGGGUGAUGAAGCAAAGGAGCUUGAAGAAAUCCUUGCAAAGAGACAGAAGAAAGGCAAAGUUGAAGAUGAUAAACCCUUGGAAGAAAAAUCUAUAUUCCAUAUUGACCAAGCCACUGACUACCAGGGUCGAUCGUGGGUCGAAGCCCCUCGAAGUGAGACUCAUUUACGUAGUGACACACCACCGGAUAAAUGUUUCCUGCCGAAGGCGCACGUGUUCACGUGGCGAGGGCACAGUAAGAGCGUGUGCGCGUCGCGCUGGUUCCCGCGGACGGCGCACCUCAUGCUGUCGGCCGGCAUGGACUGCAGGGUCAAGAUCUGGGAGGUGUAUGGCGAGCGUCGCUGUAUACGAACAUACUUCGGACACAGGCAGGCUGUCAGAGAUAUUAAUUUCAAUAAUUCUGGACAACAGUUCUUAUCUGCUUCCUACGACCGCUACAUCAAACUAUGGGAUACCGAAACUGGAGAGUGUAUAUCAAGGUUCACAUCUCGGAAAGUACCGUAUUGCGCUAAAUUUAAUCCGGACGAGGACAAACAGCACUUGUUCGUUGCUGGUACCUCUGACAAGAAGAUUAUAUGUUGGGAUAUCCGCAGCGGAGAGAUCGUACAAGAGUAUGACAGACACUUGGGAGCGGUCAAUACCAUCACAUUCGUCGACGACAACAGGAGAUUCGUCACCACAUCUGAUGACAAGAGUUUACGUGUGUGGGAGUGGGACAUCCCCGUGGACAUGAAGUACAUCGCGGACCCGUCCAUGCACUCGCUGCCCGCGGUGGCGCCGGCCCCCAACGGCAAGUGGCUCGCGUGCCAGUCCAUGGACAACAAGAUCGUGGUGUUCAGCGCCCUCAACCGGUUCAAGCUCAACCGCCGCAAGACCUUCGCCGGCCACAUGGUCGCCGGGUACGCCUGCCAGCCCGACUUCUCGCCCGACAUGAGCUAUCUGGUGUCCGGCGACGCGGACGGCAAGUGUUAUAUUUGGGACUGGAAGACGACGAAGCUGUACAAGAAGUGGAAGGCUCACGACGGCGUGUGUAUUACCGCGAUGUGGCACCCCCACGAGCCUAGCCGCCUACUCACCGCCGGCUGGGAUGGACUUAUCAAGUACUGGGAUUAAAUGACAAAAACAGAAUACUUGUAGCUGUUUUAUUACCCCUACCAAACCACAAACCAUAAAUAACGACUCAAAAUAAACUUUUUAAUUAUUCAA